GGCGGAACACUUGUUUUCCGGGGUUAGUUUCCGCCCGGACACAUCAGUAAGACGGAGAAGGAAACAUGGCGUUCAGCUUCGGCGGCGGGACCUCGAACACCGCGGGCUCUUCUGGGUAUUCAUUCGGUUCAUUCGGUGCCAAAACGACAGCGUCCACAGCUUUUGGCUUUGGUACCGGUACCACCACUACCGCCUCAUCCGGAUUUGGUAGUCUCUCUGCCCCAGCUUUUGGGGCAGCCACGACGACGACGGCCUCCACAGGGUUCGGAUUCGGCUCCACGUCCACAGGUGCGUUCGGAGGUUUUGGCACCCCCACCACCUCGGCUUCUGCCGGCUCCACCUUCAGCUUCUCCAACCCCGCCAACACAGGUGGUGGUCUGUUCGGAAACACCCAGAACAAAGGCUUUGGGUUUUCAUCUGGUCUGGGAACAGGGACCGGUACCGGGACGGGAUUCGGAUCUGGGUUGGGAGGCGGAGGCCUCGGCUUUGGGGGCUUCAAUCUUCAGUCCACACAGCCGCAGCAAGGAGGUCUGUUCGGUCAGCAGCAAGCCCCAGCGCAGUCUAAUCAGCUCAUCAACACAGCCAGCGCUCUCUCCGCGCCCACGCUGCUCAACGACGAGCGCGACGCCAUCCUGGCCAAAUGGAACCAGCUGCAGGCCUUCUGGGGCACGGGCAAGGGCUACUUCAACAACAACAUCCCGCCGGUGGACUUCACCCAGGAGAACCCUUUCUGCCGAUUCAAGGCAGUGGGCUUCAGCUGCAUCCCCAGCAGUAAGGAUGAGGAUGGCCUGGUGGCUCUGGCUCUGAAUAAGAAGGAGGGGGACGUUCGCAGUCAGCAGCAGCAGCUGGUCGAGUCUCUGCACAAAGUUCUGGGUGGAAACCCGACGCUCACCGUGAACGUGGAGGGAGUUAAAGCUCUGCCCGAUGACCAGACGGAGGUUAUAAUCUACGUGGUGGAGCGCUCGCCCAACGGCACGUCGAAGCGAGUUCCAGCCUCCACUCUGUUUAACUACGUGGAGCAGAACAACAUUAAGAGCCAGCUGCAGCAGCUCGGUGUGGUGAUGAGCGUCACUCGGACAGCUCUUUCUCCUGCGCAGCUCAAACAGCUGCUGCAGAAUCCUCCCGCAGGAGUCGAUCCGAUCAUAUGGGAGCAGGCUAAAGUGGACAAUCCUGAGCCCGAGAAGCUGAUCCCGGUGCCCAUGGUUGGUUUUAAGGAGCUGCUGCGCAGGUUGAAGAUUCAAGAGCAGAUGACUAAACAGCACCAGACCAGAGUAGAUAUCAUCGCCACAGACAUCAGUGAGCUUCAGAAGAACCAGGCCACCACUGUGGCUAAGAUCGCUCAGUACAAGAGGAAGCUGAUGGACCUGUCGCACCGAGUCCUGCAGGUGCUGAUAAGACAGGAAAUUCAGAGGAAGAGUGGCUAUGCCAUCCAGGUGGAUGAAGAGCAUCUCAGGGUGCAGCUGGACACCAUUCAGUCUGAGCUUAACGCUCCAACACAGUUUAAGGGGCGGCUGAACGAGCUGAUGUCACAGAUCCGGAUGCAGAAUCACUACGGUGCGGUGCGAGCUGAGGAGCGGUACAUCGUAGACACUGACCUGCUCCGAGAGAUCAAGCAGCAUCUGAAGCAGCAGCAGGAGGGGCUGAGUCACCUGAUUAGUGUGAUAAAGGACGACAUGGAGGACAUCAAGAUCAUCGAGCAGGGACUGCAUGAUAGUGUACAUGUGAGGGCCGGAAAACUCAGCUGACAUGGACACACACACACACACACACACACACACACACACACACACACACACACAGACUUUUACACUUCUCACCACAUAUACAUACAUGCACAAACACACAGACACACACACACUGCUUGACAUCACUAACCAGCAUUCUCACAUGUGAUUAGUUCGUUGUGUACAGCAACACACACACACACAAUAAACAUCUCAGUAAACCAGCGUUUCUCUUCGUUGCAUGGAUUAUUCAUCUUCGCUGUAGGAAUAUUUUACAACUAAGCAAUGAAGCAUGGGGAUGAAAUAGGAAAACAAUGAACAGCCUUGUCUCAGUUUUACUUUGUUGUGUGUAUGUGUGUGUGUGUGUAUGUGUGUGUGCGCGCACACAUGAGUGAGAAAGAGAUCAUUGGAGAGUGAUUUUUAGUCAAACUUCAUGUAAAUAUGUCUCUUUGUAGUUUUUAUAAAGCACACAUGGGUCACUAGUAUUGAACCCUUGAACUGAUUUAAAUAAAGUUUUGUGGUUAAAAUGAAA